ACCGAUCGAUGGUCAUUCGUCCAUACCGAAUUCGUUUCAGCCUUUCGGAAUACACAAGAAUUUCAUUCGGAACGUUUGUCGUAAUUUUCUGAUUCCACGCGAGAAUUAUACCUGGAAAGUCUCCGAAAUGCCGACGUACGAAGUGUCGAUGCUUCUCCGCGUCAUGCCAAAGACCGAAAUCGUGUCGACUCUGAAACGGACGGCGAACACAAUCUUCAGCACUGGCGGAAUAAUUCGAAAAAUCGACAGUCUUGGGCUUAAGAAGAUGCCGUACAAGACAAGCGCCCACAGUUUGGUACACAAGGAGGCAAACUAUUUCGUCAUUUAUUUUGAUGCCCCACCGUCAAAGAUUGUUGACCUAGACGAGGCAUUUAGCAGAGACGUAGAUAUCGUCAGGAGACGAAUUUACAAACAAGAUUACGAGCCACCCGGAGCCUGCACUCUGGCUGAUGAGAUAAAGCCACCUGCUUACAGGAGCGAGGUACAGAAAAUGAUGGAAAUUGCCGAGAAGACAAAGAAAAAGUUCAAUUACAACACUGGUCUGGAUUAUUAUCCAUUCCAGAAAUAAAAUACUUUAACAUGUUACUUCUUUGAAAGAGGAAACGUCAUUUUUUGUACAUAAAUCUUGUACACAUUGUAAUUCUGAUUGUGUACGUGACCGUAGAAUAUAUUUAUUACGCAUGAAGUCGGGGUUCCUAAUUGUCUUACAAUUAGUUGGUUCGUCAACAGCUCGCAUUGAUUUUUUAUAUCGGAAUGUCUCUGCGAUUAUGGAGUGAAUGAAAUCCCUCAUUUUCGUUUCAUUUUCAAUCUAUACUUUGAUUUAUUAAUCUAUAAUCUUUCUUAAUACAUUAUUAAAAGUUACAUCUGACAAUAGUAUAUAUAUAACCACCAAAAAAGAGUUUGUACAAAAUACUUGGUAAAUAAUCUUUCUAUAUAUGUAUAGUGUAUAGUAUAAUUAUCAUAUAAUAUAAUAAUCAUCAUUAAUAUUAAUAAUAAUAAUAAUAAUAUUAUUAUCUUUAUGUAUCAUAAAUAUCUCCUCGCGUUAGAAAAUCCAACGAGAACGUGUAAAGCGACUAGCCAUGCAAAUUUUAUACAGAGUUUCAAGUUCUGGAAACAUACUUAUUUCGAACACAAUCGUCACUUCCGUCAUCGUUAAUUGUUGUUACACGCUAUUACGUCGUGAACCGUGUCGCAAACAUAUUUCCGUCGCUGUCCCGUCGGAGAUGAAUAAAAACGAAC